AUGUCGUUAAGUGUUCUUACCGUUCAGGGCGGCCGCGGUUCUGCUGGGAAAAGACGAUCUCUCGACCAUGAAAUCAAGGAAAACUGGAUGGUGCAUAAACGUAACGGAAAUACUCCCGCCGCUCCCGCUGGCGGUGCCGCUCCUACCGGAGGUGGAUCCAAGCAGUGGCUUGUAGGUGGCAGCAUCACACAGGCGGAUGUAAGGGGCUUGUUGAUGGAGUUCUUGAAGUCAUCAGUAACACCAGGUGCAGCCCCCCGCAGCAGUCAGGUCGGCAAAACAAAGGCGCUCGAGAUUUUUUCCAGGCUGGAAGCGUCCCAGAAGGCCGAUCCUCCUCCACCAUUGACGCCUAAGGCUGCUCAGAGCUUCGCUAAACUUUUGAAGAGAUCAGAGAGUAUGAUCAUGGGUGGGGGCGGCGCAGGAAAGUCCUCGAAAUCCGCCAGGCGGGCAGCACCUCCAGAGGCAGGAGUACCCAAAUCAACUCCGCCAUCAGCUUCUGGAACCAAGAAUGGAAGGGAUUUGUUGAAAGCUUUCAUAGAUACUCUACCCGAAGCCAAAGCCGCAUCCGCCGGAGGCUCACCGGCUCGAGCAGGCAAAUCCCCAAAGUAG